AUAUUGAAAAUUACACAAGUGUACGGUCGCUGCAUAAACGCAGCUGAUUGAAACUAGACCUUGUGCAAUUAUCUAAGCUGUUAAAAGCAGUGUUAAGACUUAUUUUAUAUUAAGGCACUCAUACCACUCAAUCAUUUCAAAAUGUUCGCUGCAAGAAGAGCUCUGUGUUUAGGUUUUAAACUGUCAAGGGUACCUCGACGUGGAUGUGUCGGUGCCAUUCCAGUGGAUGAUAUUGUGAAUGGACUUACUGAUGACCAAAUACAGUUGCGAGAGACAGUCCAGAAGUUCUGUGCAGAGAAACUGGCCCCCUAUGCAGAUGAAAUUGACAAAGCCAAUGAGUUCAAAGGCAUUCGGCAAUUUUGGAAGGAUAUGGGAGACAUGGGACUUCUCGGAAUAACCGCUCCUGUGGAGGUUGGGGGCACCGGAUUGGGCUACCUGGAUCAUGUGAUCGUGAUGGAGGAAAUGUCCCGGGUGUCAGCAGCCAUCGCCCUCAGCUACGGUGCCCAUUCCAACCUCUGUAUUAAUCAGAUGGUGCGCCAUGCCAACCCUGCACAGACGGAGAAGUACAUGCCCAAGUUGCUGUCAGGAGAGCAUUUCGGAGCCUUGGCCAUGAGCGAGCCCAAUGCUGGCUCCGACGUGGUGUCCAUGAAACUGAAAGCAGAGAAAAAAGGUGACUACUACAUUCUGAACGGCGGCAAGUUCUGGAUCACAAACGGACCAGACGCUGAUGUUCUCAUCGUCUACGCCAAGACGGAACCCUCGGCAGCAGCCCGCGGCAUCACUGCUUUCAUUAUUGAGAAGGGCAUGCCAGGGUUCAGCACAGCACAGAAGCUGGACAAGCUGGGCAUGCGUGGCUCUAACACGUGUGAGCUCAUUUUUGAGGACUGCAAAGUUCCUGAGGCGAACAUCUUGGGCCCUUUGAACAAAGGUGUAUAUGUGCUGAUGAGUGGCCUGGAUUUGGAAAGGCUUGUACUGGCAGCUGGUCCUGUUGGUAUCAUGCAGGCAGUGUUGGACCAUGCUAUUCCAUAUAUGCAUAUACGAGAGGCCUUCGGACAGAGAAUCGGUGAAUUUCAGCUGAUGCAAGGCAAGAUGGCUGACAUGUACACGCGGCUCAGCUCGUGUCGGCAGUACGUCUACAACGUGGCCCGUGCAUGUGACAGAGGACAUUUCAGCGCAAAGGACUGUGCUGGGGUCAUCUUGUACUGUGCCGAGAAUGCCACGCAAGUUGCCCUGGAUGGAAUUCAGUGUUUAGGUGGUAACGGUUACAUCAACGACUACCCCAUGGGCCGCUUCCUCAGGGACGCCAAGCUGUACGAGAUCGGGGCCGGGACCAGCGAGGUGCGACGCCUCAUCAUCGGACGAGCCUUCAACACCAUGUUCAAAUAGGUCAAACUGCUAUUCGCCAAGAAAAAAACCCCCACUAAUUCACGACACAUGACUGUAGCAAAUGACAACAAUAACACAAAUCCAAUCGGGGGCCUAGUACCACACGCUGGACCACACAAAGACAAGAAUUCAAGGACACUGCAAGUGGCGAAUGAAGGAAGUGGAGAUAUGUCUGAUAUUUAGAUGCAAUUCUGUGCUCACUUGUAUUUAUAGCGUAGGACUCUCUAGCGGAAGAGGUCGAGAUUCUUUGGGAUGGUUUCCAGGUUUCUAGCCGAGGAUCAAGCGCAAAGCUUACAGACUAAAUUAAGCCAUGAUGGAAAAUUCUAUUUAAGAGUGUCAAUAUUUGUCUAGGACUUGGCUCAAACCUCGAUUAGGAAAUUUGCAGUGUAGGCGCCAGCCCAGUCUUUCUCCCUCUCUCUCUCUCUCUCUCUCUCUCUUUCACUCUCCUUCUCUCUCUCUCUCUCUCUCUCUCUCUUUCUCUCUCUCUCUCUCCUGACAUAAAUUUAAGAUAUUUAAUAUCACAGCGUUGGUUUAAUAGGCCUGUGGGAAAUGUGAGGACGCGGUCUCAGCUCUGGUUUGCACAUUAUUCAGUUUGCUCAGAACAAGGAUUAAUUCCAGGUAUUGUGGAGUUGCUGUGCUAAGUUUGACUUGUGUGUGAGUGUCUUUUUUUCCUCUUGCUAUCAAAAGGGAUGCCAGAAAUAUGCGCACACAAGAGAUUCCUAUAAUAGUUCUCCCUCUGAAUGCCUUUGAUUCAUUUUUCGGUCCAUUAACGUCUGUGGACACGGAGGGAUGGUUACUGUAAUGUAUUGUUUUUAAGGACCCUUGACUUCAAACAGCUGAUUUUAUAUGUUGUAAUAAUAAUAACUGUGUGACUUACUGAAUGAGAAAGAUAUGUCCCUACGGCUGUUUCGCCUGCUGUACUCCUCAUAUGACUGUUUGUCCGCGCGUGUGUUUCCAAUGUCAUAUCCCAGAAAUCUCCAUAGUAAAGCUCUUGUUCCCCAUUGUGUGACUUUGUCACGGAUUUAAAGGGGGAGAAAUACUGAACACAUCAUUGCCUCUGUGAAAGUCAAAAGACCUGCCUUACUGGUUUAACUUUGUAAAGUUUUUUUUCUUCUGUGUUUUUCUGUUUAUUUUCCAAAAACACUGUAACCAUGUGGGAUAUCUGUUUUUCCCCCUUUUUGCUGUAGAAUAAAAUAUCUUGAACUUGUCA